CUACCCUUCUUCAGAUCUUGAGUCCCCAACUCGAUUUAAAGGACCAUCAGAUCCAUACAUCUUUUGCGUAGAAAGCUCCAAUCUUUGAUCAGGAGGAGAAACACCAACAAAUUCCCAAAUGGCAAAGCGUCUGAUUCCCUCUCUCAACCGUGUCCUCAUCGAGAAAAUCGUCCCUCCCUCCAAAACCACCGCUGGAAUUCUCCUUCCCGAGCAAUCCACCAAGCUCAACUCCGGGAAAGUGGUGGCUGUGGGCCCUGGAGCAAGUGACAAGGAAGGGAAUACAAUUCCGGUGGCUUUCAAGGAAGGUGACACCGUUCUCUUGCCGGACUACGGGGGUACCCAAGUCAAGCUUGGCGAGAAAGAGUAUCAUUUGUACAGGGAUGAAGAUAUCAUGGGCACCCUACAUGACUGACUGAAUAAAAACUUUUAUGUGCUUUUCUGGUUUUGGAGUAGCUUGAUUGAAUACAUUGGAAUCAUCUCAAUGUUCCCAUUUCUUUAUCUGCUUUGAAAUGAAAUCAACUUCUGUUCUGUGCCACUGUUUUCUUGUUUGAUGAUUUUCUUGCCCACAUUCGAUAUUAAAAAUGAAACUAUUCA